GACUUGGCCGCAGAACAAGACCCAUCAAUAUGUUGCUACCGUCAGAGUGGUCGGUUAUGUAUGCGUGGUCGGUCAGGCGUGCGGUGUCCGACCACGGCCGGCGGUUUAACAAAAACGGACGCGCACGCCUCAUUCCGUACAUUCGCUCACUCUGUCUCAGCGUGUCCGAGUCUCGGUGCCCGGUGACGGCUGAGAAGGGAAACGCCUGGACUAUUUUUGCGGACACCAGUUGACGGACAGACAAGCAUCUCUAAUUAUGGUGGGGAGGACAAUGAAAGCAAACCUCGAUUACGCAGAUGCUCCUUGUGCGCCUGGACGCAGGAGGGGGUCCGGCACCACACUGACUGAGCCUGCUAUCUUUGCUAAGGACACCAUUUGUGAGUGCUUCGCCCCUCAUGAGAGACUGUCAAUUGCUCAAGCCCGUAGAGGGACCCCAGUGGACCGUCCAGUGCGUGUAUAUGCGGAUGGGAUAUUUGAUCUGUUCCACUCGGGCCAUGCUAGAGCCCUGAUGCAGGCCAAGAACCUCUUCCCCAACGCCUACCUCAUAGUGGGAGUGUGUAGCGAUGAGCUGACUCAUAAAUAUAAGGGUUUCACUGUGAUGACGGAGGACGAGCGUUACGAGGCCCUGAGGCACUGUCGCUACGUGGACGAGGUGGUCCGAGACGCGCCGUGGACACUCACCCAGGACUUCCUGGAGAAUCACAAGAUCGAUUUUGUGGCUCAUGACGACAUCCCAUAUUCCUCGGCGGGGACUGAGGACGUCUACAAACACAUCAAGGAAGCGGGCAUGUUUGUGCCAACCCAGCGGACAGAGGGCAUCUCAACCUCUGACCUGAUCACUCGUAUCGUACGAGACUAUGACCUUUACGCUAGACGCAACCUGCAGCGAGGAUACACUGCUAAGGAGCUCAAUGUCAGCUUCAUCAAUGAGAAAAAGUACCGCCUGCAGAACCAGGUGGAUCGUAUAAAGGAGACAACAUUCCUCCAAUCUUCCUCCAGUGUUCCUCAAAACCCCUUCCAACCUUCCUCCAACCUUCCUGCAACCUUCCUUCAACCUUCCUUUAACCUUCCCUCUAUCCUUCCACCAACCUCCCCUCAAGCUUCCUCCCAUCAUCCUCACAACCUCCCUCCAAUCACCGUCCAAAACUCCUCCAAUCUCCCACCGAACAUUCCUCCCUCCCUACAACAUCCCUCCAACCUCCCUCCAACCUUCCUCCAACCUUCCUGCAACCUUCCUCAGGAGAAGAAAUACCGACUCCAGAACCAGGUGGAUCGUAUGAAAGAAAAGGUGAAGACGGUGGAGGAAAAGAGUAAACACUUUGUCUACCGCGUGGAGGAGAAGAGCCAUGACCUCAUACAGAAGUGGGAAGAGAAAUCACGGGAGUUUAUCGGUAACUUCCUGGAACUGUUUGGUCCAGAUGGAACAUGGGUGUUCAGUGAGCGCAGUGGUCGGAUGAUUUCCUACGCCCUUUCACCUCGCGGGUCGCCUAGCAACAGUCCCCCUCGGCAACUAUCACCGUCCCGCUCCCCAUCCCCUCCUUCUCGUUGGCUUCACCCACGACCAGCCUCCCCUUCCUCGCCCAAGGGGGCCUCCGCCUCCUUCAGUAGCAUGAGCGAAGAAGACGAGAACGAGAAGUAGUGCCCUGGACUGUGGAACGCACACCUUACAUCACUCACAUAUUACACACACUUAACCGCGGAUAUCGAGCAUUCACUCACAGCGCUACUACCAAACACUUAAACCUUGCCUGGAAGGUGCUCUCUCUUUUUAUCUUCCACACUCACAAAACAUCUCCUUCCACACACGGCAGCCAAUGACUCGAUGCUGAAACUGUAUCUUCCAGGAAGAUGUUGCAAGACAGACGGCGUUCAUGGGAAAUGUAGUGUACUGCUGUAGCACGAAGAAGCCAUCACAGUUUCUGUUGCCUGGGCAACGAAGCAGACGGGGAGUGCAGAUAAGAUGAAACGAUCGACCUGUUUUCGAUUGCCCAGGUCUGACAGCGACGGUAAAUAAAACAGCGCCUGUUGAUCACGCCACUUCAUCCUUUUAUGUCAUCCUUUUCCUCUAUCCUUACAUUUUGUCUUCAUUUCUCAGGUUAUUGAGUCAUAUUUCAGAGAGAAUAGGGUUAGCGCGAUGCAAGGUAUCUUUACAGUGAGCAGAGUGACUUUUUGCAGUGUGGUAUUCCUUGAUUAGGCCAUCACAGGACUCUCAAGACAGAUGCUGACACCAUAGCGAUCAAAAUACAGUAGUUCUCUAUCCUGUACAAAAGAGAAGACUGUCCGCCCUAUGCUCUAUUUUAAAUCUGCAUCAUUUCAUGAUCAGUUUCAAAGUCAUAUCUGACCCAUGACAGACCACACUGUGUCGUUUCCUUUGGGAGGCUAGUGAAGCUAAUUUGACAGUGAAAGUGGAGAUCCUAUCAGCGCAUUAUGGAACGCCUCCUCUGUGAAGCGCAUGGGUGAAAUUGCUCACUUUGCCCGUGCUCCCGAACAAUGCACUUUUAAAAAAACUUUGGGAAAUAGUAGUCUAAAAACUAAAACUAAUUUUGUAAAAUAUUCUACAUUUGGGAACCGAAAACUAUCUGGAUCAAACGUGUCCUUUGGAGUGGAAGCCCUUCAGAUUUAUACAUCUGGUGAAAAAACUGGGUCCUUGUUCUGUUUGGACUCUUCUGUGACAUCUCCGACAAGCAGACGUUCUAGUUUUCAGGGGGAGGGCUGGGUCAAAAUUAACUGCCACUGCAUUCGCUGGAAUGUUUGAGAAUUGCGGAAGAUAACCUCCCCUGAAGUAGUCUUCUCAUCACAACAAUUAUAUGGUAAUCUAAUUCGGUGAGUUCCUUCAAACGGCCGUUACUUUAGGUUCUGUCCGUGGUUUUGUAAGGGGUUCCAUACCGACUGCUUGUUUUCGUACUGAACGGAGAUAAAUAAUGCACUCUAGUGGUGAAACAGUGUAACUACAGACUUCCCAGGGAGACAAGGAGAGAAGGCCACUUCAGAAAUUUCAGACGCACCGCAAUGAAUCACAAAACAUCUUGUACCACAUUUCUUUUACCAUAGCGACUAGUCCCCCUAGGCAUAACCAAUGUCCCAGCAUAAGUCCAGGACUUUCAAAAUGAGUACUGCGUAACGACAGCACAUUAGCGGACAGGUUUUACAUUUCACGAAACUCAGGACUCGAUUGGUGAUUAAAAAAAUUGAACGGACCUCAUGGAACUUACCAUUAUCAGGGAUGUGAUCCAUUAUGUCCGCCUGCCCCCAGUCUGGCUCUUCUAAACAGUGCUUUCAACUGGAGAAGCUAUCAGUUCUGUCGCUUUUAGAAUGUACAAUUGUGACUGUGCUUUUCCCAGGAGCCUUUAUUAGAGGCCAGAGAGCAGGGGUUUUAGUGCGGAACGGCCGGUGUUGGGCCAAAAAAAUGGCCCUGCGUGGCCAUGAAGGUUUGCGCUAAAACCUGGUCUAGAACGAAAGCCUGCAAUGCACCGGCCCUUGUAGAAUGCCCCUCGUUCACCUCUUGUCAACGAAUCCCUCGCUUUCUUGUUUAGCUACGCCCAUACGACACAGAGGUGCCCGUGACCUCUCUCCAACUCAACAUCUCGCUAGUCUCGUAGUCCACAACUGUUCCGCAGCGGAAGCCCAACGUGAGGUCACGUAGAACCAGUUGCUGACUCCUCCCGAUAUCUCCCGAUCCACCGUAGACCUUCUGCUCCCGUAUGCACUAGAUGUAACCCUGCACUGUCUGUAAAAACCUGGGAAUGUAUGUUUAUGUAUGUACUGUCUUAUUUUCUAAUGUAUACUUUCAAUUGACUUAAUAUGUAAAUAAACAGAAAAUAAUGAUCGAAAGACAAGCAUCUUGGAUGU